AUGUACCCCUGCAAAAUUGAUCUGAAGGGCAACCCCAAGAAAGGAGCUACAAAACGUUCUAAUACUAUCCUCACAGCAUAUGGGGGAUCCAAGUUACACCACCAUGGCACCGUCACCAUUGAUUGCGAAUUCAAAGGCAAAAGAUCUGCUGCACAGUUCUAUGUCACAGACACACAAGGCCCUGCUAUCAUUGGCCUACCAACGUUGAUUGACCUCAACCUUGUGAAAUUCAAUUGUGCCAUACUCAAACAAGUGUUACACAGCAACACACUAUGGUCCACCACAAGAACCCCUGAGCAACCACCACUAACCCCCGAACGACCACCAAUACCCAAACCAAUAAAGAGCAAAGAAGAUUUGAUAGAUCAAUACCCAAACUGUUUUAAUGGCAUAGGAAAAUUCGAAGGAGAAUACCACAUAACCACCGACCCAUCAGUCCCACCUGUUAUCCACCCUCCGCGAUGA